CCGGAAAUAUUGGAAUGUAUACAGGAAGUAGUAGCGUAUUUCUCAUUUUGUUACCGAAUAAAUGUUUGUUUCGUUUUAUUCUAACACAAAAAUACAUAAUAUUUUUCAAUGUCGAGGCAAAACAUAAUCGGACCUGCUUUGCCACCGAUGAUGGAAAAAAGCAAAAAUGAUCAUUCACAUGACGAAGGCGCAAUUAUAGGUCCAGCUUUGCCUCCACUGUAUAAAGCUGUUACAGAGUCUUCCGAUUCAUGUGAUGACAGUGACCAAGAGGAAGUCGUGUUUAAGAGGGCUAAAUACUCCUCAUCUAGGAACCGGCCUUCCUCAAACAGGGGCCUAGUGAAAGAAAAAACAUGUAUAAAGCAAACAGACAAGCGUGAUGAUUAUGAAGGGGAUGAUUGUUUCUUUGGUCCAGCUCUUCCCCCGGGAUAUAAAAAUCAAGACAUAACACCUGAAAGGCCAUCUGUAAUAGGACCUGCCCUUCCUCCAGGCUUUAGAAUACAAGAUGAAGAAGAAGACGUGGAAAGUUAUGAUGCAAGAGGAGUUUUAGGACCAUCUCUACCGCCAGGUUAUAAACCAGAUUUGUCAAGCAGUGAUGAAGAAGAUAAUGAUGUCAUUGGCCCCAUGCCAGCAAAAGGGGCAGCACCGGACUCCGUGGCACUGGACUUUGAAAGAAGAGCCCAAAGGAUGAAAGACAAACUUACAGGAGUUGAUACUGGUCCAGCAGUGCCUGCCAGAGAGAGCUGGAUGACUGAAUUGCCUCCUGAGUUGCAGCAUGUGGGUCUGGAAGCACGCACCUUUAAGAAGAGAUCAGGCCCAGAGAACAAAGACCGUUCAAUCUGGACUGACACUCCUGCUGACCGUGAGAGAAAAGACAGGGAACGGCAGGAGGCUAAGGAAAAAGGUGAAUCGCUCAAGGACGAGGGACCUCGCCUUUCUCAGAAAGAGCUUGAGAUGGCUGAAAAAGUUUCAAAAUAUAAUGAGUCCAAGCGUGGCGAAUCUCUCAUAAGUAUGCACACUAAGAAAAUGAAGAAAAAAGCUCAGGAGGAUGCUGAAAAGCCUGUGGAGAGAAGACCCUUCGACAGAGACAUGGACCUUCAGGUCAACCGCUUUGAUGAGGCCCAGAAAAAAGCCUUGCUCAAAAAGUCACAAGAGCUGAAUACCCGCUUUUCUCACAGCAAAGAUCGCAUGUUCCUGUGACAAAGAUUAAAGAUUGUUAAAGAUUUUUUUCAAAAGACAUUGCAUCACCUGGAAAAAUCAUCAAAACAUUGUCAACUUUGUUAACAGUUGUGUGUGAAUAUGUAAGACUGAUGAUUCUUCAUUAACUUGCUUUUUAUACCUUAAGUCUAAUUGUAAGUGACAAAAUUAUGUAACUUAGUUACUUCUUCAUGAGUACUGAAUGAGUGGUUCUCAAAAUCGGUAAAGAACAUGUCAAUUUUCACCUCAAAAUUAAAAGAAAGAAGUAAGAUAUAUUUUGCUUUUUGAAAAUAAAGCUGUUUUUAGGAUCAUUGUGAA